AUGGACAGCGGAGAUGCAUCAUCGAUAGAUGAGUCAUCCGAUAACAAUGUGGAGGUUAUUGAGAAGAUGGUUGCUGAGGUAAAGGUUGAGAAUGCAGAGAGAAGGACGUUACCGAGGAUGACAAAGUACGAAAAGGCACAUGUACUUGGUGUUCGUGCAUCUCAGCUGAGUGCAGGUGCUCCUCCCUUCGUGGAUAUUGGUAAUGAAUCUAAUCCUCUGAAGAUUGCAGGACUAGAACUGAAUGAGAAGAAGAUUCCUUUCAUUAUUCGCAGGAGGCUUCCUGAUGGCAGUUUUGAGGACUGGGCAAUCGACGAGCUUUUGGUGCCUGGGGUGGAUUUCCAAUAG